AUGGCCACGACAGCAGCAGCAAACAGACAAUCACGAUCAGCAUCGGCGGCAGCUGCAUCGUCGUCACCUGUGACACUUCCUUCGUCGUUGUCGCCAAACCGCGUCUUUCUCUCGCCCAUUCCAACAACAGCUAAAUAUAGCUCCAGCACAGCACCACAGCAAGUUGAACACAACAAUAAUAGCAUAUACGAAGCAAGAGGUUUUUCAUCAUUUGCAACAGCACAUAAUCAGCGUAAGACUAGCACCACCAAUGCUGCUGGUAGCGGUGUUAUAAUCAAUACCACGCCUCGACAAACGGAAGACACAGAAGAAGAAUUUUUGCUGUAUUAUUAUUCCAGAAUCUCUUCUACUGUCGACGAAGAAGAUGAUGAAGAUGACAGCAGCACGAUCUUGACAGAGGAAGCCAAGGAUGAUGACUAUGACAGAUAUACCGCAUUUUCGAUGUCGCCGCCAAGAUCUCUGGAUACAGCCCUGUCACCUACUACUACUACUACUACUACUACGACAAAGAGCAUCACAUCGGAAGAAAAAUUGCUACCGGCAUCGCCGCCCUUAUCACCACCACUUUCACCUACAAUGACAGGAAACAACAACAACAACAGCAAUACGUCGAGUGGUCGUCCACGCUUUCCUCGAUGGAUCAAGCAAAUCAGUACACCCAAUAUUAUAACAACAACAAAUGCAAUGUCGCAUCAUGAUAACAGUGGUAACGGUAUUUGGUCACCGCCAUCAACGCGAGAACCAUCCAUGACAUCCAAAUCCAGUUCAUCAACGUUGUUACCCAAGAAACCUCAUUCGCUUAUGCGCCGCAUGCUGAUGCCUCCAACAACACCUCCGCUACAAAUUUCUCAUCCAGCUGUCACUGCACAUUAUUACGGGUCCAUGCAUGUGCGCAAAUAUUUGCAUGAAGCUAUGAAACCUAAUCGAUUCGAUGAAAUGCUUCUCAGUGGAUUCUCUGCCAUGUGUCCACUGCAUAGCCGGAAAAACAGCAGCAACAACCCUGCUUCCACUGCAGCAGAUGAUGUCUUUGACGAUAGUCAAUACCUGCAGCACGCUUACCACCGAAACAACAACAGCAAUGACGAUUACUCGACCAUGACAUCAAUUACUGACGAUGUAACAGAGGAAAGCUGCGACGACGAGGACGAAGAAGACAACGAAAUUAUAAUCAGUCAUCCUUGCUUAUGCAACCAUCGUCAAAUGACCAUUCGUAUUACAUUGACGCCUGCUCACUGUCGUGCUACAGAAACCGAGAUUUACGGCCAAAGUAGACCAUCACAUCAUCAGCAGCGAUCACCAAUACAACAAUUGCAGCAGCACUGUAGCAGUAAGAAGAGACUUAUGGGAACAAGCAUUAGUACACCAACUCGAGCAGCAACAAUGGCCACAAAGAGCAGACAUCAUCCAAAGGAGCCUAUACCAACGCUUUCAUUGCCCCCUUUGCCUCGUCAUUACAGUAGUGAUAGUGGCAGUUGUUUUCAACCACAACAACGUACAUCACCACCAAUCUACGCUGUAACAUCUUCUCAGCCGCCUCAUAUCGUCCACCAAUCGCCUGUGGUUGUUUCAACAAACAACAAAUCCACCUUCCGUUGUAAUAACAGUUAUCACCAAACUCCCAUUGUAGUGCUACCCAACGGCACACGACGCCAUUAUCUGCAAAAGUAG